UUUGCCUGAAAACGGGUAGGAAAAGUAUAACGCCCGGAGGACCGACGUCAGUGUUUGUGUGCGGUUGUCGGAAAGAUGGCGGAGGCUGCGGCAGUUCCUCCGCAUCGGUUUUUCUGUCACUGUUGUAAAGGCGAAGUGAGACCAAAACUCCCGGAGUAUAUCUGCCCCAGAUGUGACUCUGGAUUUAUUGAGGAGGUGACAGAAGACUCCAGUCUUUUGCACGGUAGUACGAAUGGCCUUGAUGACACAGCUUCACAGUUUGCAGAGCUCUGGCAGCUUCUGUUUGUGGAGCGGCCGUUCACAGUGGACUUGGACAGCCCUGACUCAGAGCCACGGGUUCCAGGAGGUGCUGGAGGACUAGGUCUGGGAGGAGGGUCAUUUGGUGGCUCCGUCCCUGGAGGCCUCAGCGGGACUCUCGGUGGCCCUCUAGGUGGAGGAGGAGGAGGAGAGCACUGGGGCCCCAGCCGUCCCCCUCGCCUGCACACUCAGAGGAGAUACAGAUCCAGAGGAAGCAGUCGGCCGGAUCGCUCCCCUGCUGUAGAGGGAAUAGUACAACAGUUUCUUGCUGGCCUUUUUGCCAAUUCAGGUGCUCCAGGUUCCCCUCCACUGUCAUGGACGGGAAUGCUGCACUCAAACCCUGGUGACUAUGCCUGGGGGCAGGGGGGUCUGGAUGCCGUCAUUACACAGUUACUGGGUCAGUUUGAGAACACAGGUCCUCCUCCUGCAGAGAAAGAGAAAAUCUCCUCCCUCCCCACGGUCAUUGUUUCUCAGGAACAGGCUGACAGCAGUUUGGAGUGUCCGGUGUGUAAGGAGGACUACACAGUCGGGGAGCCAGUCAGGCAGCUGCCCUGUAACCACUUCUUCCACAGUGACUGCAUUGUACCCUGGCUAGAACUGCAUGACACAUGUCCGGUAUGCAGGAAGAGUUUGAGUGGAGAGGACAGUGGCAAUCAGCCACCCUCAGAGCCCUCCUCCGUAAACACCGAGCCCCGGACACAGGAGAGAUGGUCUUACUGAGAGAGACACCCACACAUGCUUCAUUUCAUCUCUGCUCUAUCUCUGUCUAACGCUCACAACGCACCCAAUGCGUGAGACUUGCCACUAUUCGGCAUUCCAGUCUUAACGCCAGCCUCUCUCACACUCUCUCUCUCUUUUCAUUUUUGAUCUUACCACUCUCGUAUGGUUUACUCUGGCUUGUUUACUGUUUUACUUUAUAUCUCUCAUGCUUCCACUGUAGUGGCCUGUCUCUAGUCUCCUUUCUGUCUCUGCAUUGACACUUUUACAUUAAUUCAGAGGUGUUUGCAUUUGAUUACAUCUUUUGUCCUGGUGUCUGCUUUCCCAGGCUAUUGACUCUGAAGACCGCACAUGCUCACCAUCAUCUUGUAGGCAUAACACUACAUGAGCCAUCCUUCUUAUAGAAUGUGCAGUGUUAUGCACUUACCACGAAGCUGAACUGCACAUGCUACACAGAGCCACCCCUGUUCAGUCUAAUAGCCAUGAGGUUCAGUGUGUUCCCAGGCCCAUUCUACUGAUUGGUUGCCCUUGACCUCUUUUCGCUCACUUUUAGCACACCUGUUCAUUGAGUCACCUUGUCCUGUCUUGGUAGUUGUUACCAGUCUCAGAGCUCUCCUCUUUCCUCUCCCUCUUGCCAUCUGUGCACUUCACCCAGGUGUAUAUAUUACAGGCACACAUGGUGUCCCUCUCAUCUCCCCCUCAUUGGCAUCACUCCUUUUCUUUUUUUGUAAAUAAUUUUAGUUCGAAAUCUCAUUCAAAGACAAACAAAAGGAAUACUGCAUAUAAAAUGGUGAAUCCCUAAAUAUUAAAAUAUAUAUUAUAUAAAUGAUGUGUUGUCAAUUAUGUAUUGAUAAUAAAACUGAAUAAAAAUCAGUUAACUGUU